AUGGCUGACGCAGAUCCUUACCCUCUCCGCUGGCCCUACGGCCUCUGCGCCGAGCGAAAGCCUUUCUGGUACACCUUCAACAGUGCCGGUGUUGGAAGUCUUAAGUACGGCGGAAACUCCAUUGUACGAAUGCCUGCCGAUCAGCUUCAAGAGGCCUAUCACAACGAUUUCAAGGAUGUACCCAAAAUUCCCCGCUGGUUCCAGGGCCAGCUGAUGCUCUACGGUGUCAAGACUACGCGAGGCGGCAACAAGAAGGAAGCGCUUAGUCGAGCAAUCGCCGCCGGUCUUUGUGACGCUCCUUCACCAGCAAUGCAGCGACUCGAGACCCGUUUGAGAGAUAAGGCGCGCCGUCAGGAUGAGGCCUACAACAAGGCAGUCGCCGAGUGGGAGACCCGCAAGGCACUCAGACUCGAGAAGGCUGCUAAACUGCAGGCAGCUAAUCCUGAUGUUGGCAAGGCAUGUGAGGCAGGUGCACGUGUGAAUAUCAAGCAAGAGAACAUCAAGCAGGAGAACACCGUCCACCAGGGCAUAAAGCAAGAGGUCAUUGAGCAAGAGGUCAUUAAGCAAGAGGUCAUUAAGCAAGAGCAUCUGGAUCAGGAUAAUCUCAACCAUGAGACUACCAAGCAAGAGGACGUCGACUUCAAGGUUCUCAAGCAAGAGGACCUGAAGCGCGAGCGCGACUGA